AUGCCGGCUAAGGGGAAGGACAAAAAGAAAGGGAAGGGCAAAGACAAAGGCAAAGAUAAAGACAAGAAGAAGAAGAAGAUCAUAAAACUUGAGGAAUCUGUUGUGGAGAGAGCCAAGGCCAAUGCCUCCCUUUGGGAGGCCAGGCUGGAAGUCACAGAACUUUCUAGGAUUGAGUAUCGUGAUACUUCCCGGAGACUGGCAAGAUGUAAUGAAGAAUUAAAGAGACAGCAGUAUAAAAUGGAGAAAGACACGAUGUCUGUAUUGAACUAUCUGAAGAAACAGGAUCAGGAGAAAGAUAAUCUGAUUGAAAAACUGAAACAGCAAUUGAAUGAAACAAAGGAAAAAGCCCAAGAGGAGAAGGAAAAAUUGGAACAAAAAUUUACUAUGCAAGUAAAUGAGCUGGAGGGACAGUUCCAUCAGAAGGCCAAAGAAAUUGGCAUGAUUCAGACAGAGCUCAAAACAAUAAAACAAUUCCAGAAGAGAAAAAUCCAAGUGGAGAAAGAAUUAGAUGAUCUAAAGGAGGAUUUAAGGAACACAGAGCGGAAACAUCAGGAGACUCUUAGAAGACUGGAAGGCAAGUUUUUUGAAGAAAAGCAUAGACUAGAAAAAGAGGCCGAAAAGAAGAUAAUAAUGCUGGCAGACAGAGCCCACCAUGAAGCUGUUGUGCAAUUGAACAACGCUGGAAGAAGUGUUUUUAAAGAGAAUAUUUAUCUCCAGAAAGCUCUCACAUACCAUCUGAAGGAAGCUGAUGCUCUACAAAAAAACUCCCAGAAGUUGCAAGAGACUCAGACUUUCCUUUCACAGCAAAAGGAGAUCAAUGAUCUGUUGGUUAAAGAAAAGAUAAUGCAACUUACCCAGCAGAAAUUACAAAUCCAAACUCUUCAGAAGAAGGUAGUAAGCCUGGAGAAUGCUCUGGUUUGCAUGACCAAAGAGUUUGAGACCGAAGUUUUAAAACUGCAGCAACAGGCAAUGGUAGAGAACCAAGCAGGUCAGGUUGAAAUUUUCAAGCUGCAGCAGCUUCUUCAGAUGAAGGACAAGGAAAUGAAUCGAAUAAAGAAGCUGGCCAAGAACAUACUAGAUGAGAGAACAGAAGUGGAAAGAUUCUUUUUAGAUGCUCUACACCAAGUAAAGAAACAGAUCCUAUUUAGCAGAAAGCAUUAUAAACAGGUAGCACAAACUGCUUUCAAUCUUAAAAUGAGAGAGGCAUGUGCAGGAAGAAUGGAAUAUCCCAAAAUCCGAACGUUUGAUGGCAGAGAACACAGCACCAAUAGCGUGAAUCAGGAUCUUAUGGAGGCUGAUAAAUGGACAGAUAUUGAAGGAAAUGUGGAUAUUGGAGAUUUGACCUGGGAGCAGAAGGAGAAAGUCUUGAGAUUGCUCUUUGCAAAAAUGAAUGGCUUUGUUCCCAGGAAAUACAGCCAGAGUUCUAGACCUCCAGUUCCAGACUAUGUUGUUCCUGACGAUGAAACAACAAAGGAGUUUGGGGAUGAAAGUAAGCUUCAAGAUCAAACGUUCAUCACCCAGCAAGUGCCAAUCUUAAAUUCUACUGGUGAACUGUUAAUACGCAGUAUUCAGAAAGGAUCACAAGAGUCUGACACAGUAAGGAGCUGUAAUCUAACCAACAAUACGUGUAAUUCUUCCUCUUCCUCAUGUAGCUUCUUCAAAGUCACAGUUCUUUUCUCUACUAGCCAGUUCUCAGGGAUCAGUGAAACAAUAACAUUAGUAUGA